AUGUCAACCACCACGACCGCGACCACCACCUCGGCCUCGGCCACCUCCAGCUGCUAUGCCAAGCUGUACGAUAUCCCGGUGCAUGAUGCCGCAUGCGCAAUGCCGAUGAAGAGCAACUUCUCGUCGGUCAUGAGCAGCUGCUGUGGCGAGGCAUCUGUCGUCGAGUACGAUGACUGCGACUACUACUGCUUGGCGCAGGGACAAACUGUUGGCACUCUUGCCGAGUGCCUGGAAAAGGGUUCGGAGGCGGGCGAUUUCUGGUGCAACACCAAUGCCAAUGCUACAGCCACUGCCACAGCUACCGCUACCGGCACUGGAGUCGUGACCCUCGGUGCCACCACGACUGGCGCAGACUCGACAGCCUCUGGCACCUCGACUGGUGCUACUUCGACUUCGACUUCGACUUCGACCUCUGCUGGAAUUGUUGCCUCUCGUCCCCUCUCGAAGUCUGCCAUUGGCGUUGUUGGUAUUUUGCUGGCUGGAUCCGCUGCUGGUCUUUUUCUCUGA